UCCUUUCUGUUCACGUACACCGAUCUUACUCAAUGAUAUUAUAGUAUUACAUGCAACGCGAUAUCCCGUAAGAUGACAAGUCCAUUUUUAUUACUUCCAACGAUCGAGUCGAACAUAAUUCUUAUAUUCGCCGUAGCAGUUUUGUACAAGAGAAAGUAAGAAAUGAUCUGAUUUCUUUCGAAGUCGAUAUUUCAGAAUGCGAGACACGAAAUUUCACGUGAUGUUGGAUCUAUUCUGCAUUUAGUCAAUGAUUAAAUCAGGCGCAUUGGAUGCGCGUAUUGCGUGGAACGAAUCAUCAACGAAUAGUAACAAUAGCAACAACUGUAAUGGUGACGAUGAUAAUGGUGGUGGUGAUGAUGAUGAUGAUGAUGAUGAUGAUGAUAGUAAUAAUGAUGAUAAUAAGAAUAAUUGUAAUUGUUGUCUUUGAAAAAGAGAUUUUCGUUCUUAUUGGGACGAUGCGAUGUAAAGGAGAAGCGAAAACGAACGCAUGUCUGUACGACAAAUCUAAUUGAAUAUUGUCAGCCGGCCGCAUGAUCGUAGUCCACUAGUCCAGUCUCCUCUCUGACAUGGCAUACAUUGGCUUGACAUUAUUAUUAUUAUUAUUAUUAUUAUUAUUAUUAUUAUUAUUAUUAUUAUUAUUAUUAGAUAUCAUCUAUCUAGUCGUAACGAGGCCCAUAGGCAAAUAGAACUAUGUAAAUACUGCUAUG